CAGCCCGGCACUAAGCGGCGAGGAGGGGAAAGUUGGCUCCUAAUACCCCCACCGGAGGGUUACCGGGAGGGGCACAUCCCGCUCCCUGCUCGGUCGGGAAAGCGGCCGUACAAAGUUUGGCGGCCGUGCCGCAGUGUGCCGGGCUCCCGGUGGCGGUAGGCACGGAGGGGGCGUUGCGCGGUGCCGGCAGCGCUAUGUGAGCCGCGGGCGGAGAGGCGGCUGCCGGGGGCUGCGGCGCGUCCAUGCGCCCCAUACCCUGCUCCAGAGACAUGGAUUUUGGGCAGAGCAAUCUGUUCGGGUACAUAGAAGACCUGCAGGAACUAACUAUUAUAGAGCGGCCGGUGCGCAGGAGCCUGAAGACACCAGAAGAAAUAGAACGAUUGACAGUUGAUGAAGAACUCAAUGACAUUGAAAGGGCUCUUUACCUGCUCAGUUCUGGGCAGGAUGUCCAAGGAACAAGUGUGGUUGCAAAUCUUCCCGUCCUGAUGCGACAGAAUCCUGCAGAAACUCUCCGUCGAGUUUUACCAAAAAUCCGUGAGGUGCUGCAUGUUGCAGGAGUGGAAAUGCAGUUAACAGCUGCUGUUUCAUUUUUAACUGUACUGCAAGAUGAAUCCGUGUCCAUUCAUACGUACUCCCACUCCUUCCUACACAUCAUUCUCCAGAAUUUGGAACACAGGGAUGCAGGUGUCAGCAAUGCAUGGCUAGAAACUCUUCUUGCUGUAAUAGAAGCUUUACCCAAAGAGACAAUCAGACAUGAGAUCCUGAAUCCACUUGUUUCUAAGGCACAGAUUUCCCAAACACUUCAAUCACGCUUAGUUAGUUGUAAAAUCAUGGGAAAAUUAGCUAACAAAUUUGAAGCUCACAUAGUUAAAAGAGAGAUUCUUCCAUUGGUAAAAUCACUGUGCCAGGAUGUAGAGUAUGAAGUAAGAACUUGCAUGUGUCGGCAACUGGAACAUGUAGCUCAAGGAAUAGGGACAGAACUAACCAAAACUGUAGUGCUUCCUGAAUUAGUAGAACUGGCAAGAGAUGAAGGCAGCAGUGUACGCCUUGCAGCUUUUGAGACAUUAGUGAAUCUGCUUGAUAUGUUUGACUCAGAUGAUAGGAGGCAAACUGUUCUCCCCUUAGUGAAAUCAUUCUGUGAAAAGUCCUUCAAAGCAGAUGAAUCCAUCCUAGUUUCAUUAUCUUUCCAUUUGGGAAAACUGUGCAAUGGAUUAUAUGGCAUUUUUACUCCUGAGCAGCACUUACGGUUUUUGGAAUUUUAUAAGAAGCUCUGUACACUGGGCUUACAGCAGGAAAAUGGACACAAUGAUAAUCAGCUACAACUCCAAACUCUGGAACAGGAAAAGAAGUAUAUUUCAGUGAGGAAGAACUGUGCUUACAAUUUUCCAGCCAUGAUUGUUUUUGUGGAUCCAAAGAACUUCCAUUUAGAACUGUAUUCUAUAUUCUUCUGCCUAUGUCAUGAUCCUGAAGUUACUGUUAGAUAUACUAUGGCCAUAAGCUUCUAUGAAGUUGCUAAGCUUUUAAAUUCUAGUGUGUGUACAAUUCAAAAGGAACUGGUUACACUAUUACAAGAUGAGUCACUGGAGGUUUUAGAUGCUCUGGUAGGUCACCUUCCUGAAAUCCUUGAACUGAUGAUUAAUGGAGGAGAAAACAGUGGAUCAGAAAGCAAGUUGCUGUCUAUUCCUGACUUGAUUCCAGCAUUGACGACAGCAGAACAGAGAGCAGCAACUUCCUUAAAGUGGAGAACUCACGAGAAGUUACUACAAAAAUAUGCAUGUCUCCCUCAAAUCAUAUCAAGUGAUCAGAUUUAUUACCGUUUUCUUCACAGAAUGUUGGCAAUCAUUUUGACAAACAACGUCCUUCCAGUACAAAAAGCAGCUGCUCGAACUCUCUGUGUUUAUUUACGUUAUAAUCGCAAGCAAGAACAGAGGCAUGAGGUUAUUCAGAAACUGAUUGAACAACUGGGCCAAGGCAAAAGCUACUGGAACAGACUUCGUUUUUUAGAUACUUGUGAAUUCAUUAUGGAACUCUUUUCAAAAUCAUUCUUCUGUAAAUACUUCUUUCUGCCUGUGCUUGAACUUACACAUGACCCAGUGGCAAAUGUGAGAAUCAAGCUGUGCUAUUUGUUGCCAAAAGUUAAAUCUACUCUGAAGAUUCCUACUGAUAAACAUUUGCUUCAGCAGUUGGAGUUAUGUAUACGGAAACUUUUGUGUCAAGAGAAAGACAAAGAUGUCCUGACUAUUGUAAAAAGAACAGUGUUAGAAUUGGACAGAAUGGAUAUCUCUUUAGAUGCUUUUCAGAAAAGAUUUUACGAAAAUGAUUUAUUGGACCAAGAAAAAGAAAGACAAGAACAUCUCCUUUUGGAAAUGGAACAAUUAGAAAAAGAGAAGCAGCAAAAUGAAGGAAGAUCUGCAAAUGUUAAUGAUAAAAUAUUUGAAAAGAAGCGAAGAGAUAAUAAACCAUCGUCAGUGUUGGUGAAAAGUAUGACUCUUUCUUCUGGUAACUCUUCUGGUGCCUCAACAGGCAAAGAAGACAAAAAAUCCAAGCUGGUUCGAAGCCAGUCUUUCAAUACUCAAGCACUGCAUCCAAAAUACAACAACAUAGACAAGUGCUCUAAUAAAAGCUCUGCUACAGGAUAUACAUCUUCACUAUCAGGAAUGGGGAAGAGUUGUAUGUUAUCCUUUAGUGAUGAUUCAUUUCGGACUCGUUCCACUGGUAAUAGUGGGAAUGCUACCUUCUCUUCCAGUUCCUCCCUCAUAUCUUCUCGCAACUCAUUUAACUCAACUGAUCAAAAGAACAAUGGAAAUAAAGAAAGUCAGUCCCGAAAGAUGAGCAUAAAAAACAGAAAGUCAAACUCCUAGAUCUUCUGGAAGGAUAAGAAGAGAAUGGGUGACUUCUGGAAGCAGCAAUCUCAUGUAAUAGUGCUGGAGCAGCACAUGGGACUCUGUAAUGCCUGGGGUGAUGAAAUGCAUCUUGCAGUGCUAAAACCUUUUACCUUUUAAACAAAAUCCCAAGUUGUAAAAUAAGUGAUGUAAUGGUUGCAGACUUCUAAUGUUGUAGUGAAAUGUAAUGAAAUGCAACUUCAGCUAUGUGCUUUUCACUGCUGCAGCUAAAGAGAGGAUUUUGGUUUCUUCCAUUAUGCCUUUGUAAUUCAAAUUCUUGGAUUUAGAAUGCACAUAUCCAUUACUUAAUUGGGUCAACUUACAAUUUUAUUAAUUAUUAACAUCCAUAUUUUAUUCAAGAAAUAGAAGGAAUUGUCAUGAACAUGAAAAAGUAAUCCCUCAUUUUAAAGAUCUUUCAAACCUAAUUUCAGAUCAAAAUCCAGAUCCAUUGGUCUGUUUCGUAUAGGUAAAACACAAACUUCAGUAGCAUUGUACUGUGAAUUUGGAGGUAAAGUUUUUUACACGUACAAUGUAAAGUUCAUAGAAAUUCUAUAUAUUUCACAGCAAUCUAAAAGGAGAUGUCUCCAGAUGAUAUUAAAAAAAGAAAAAGUUUAUUUCAUAAGUUUUGUUGUAUAAAUACUUGCUUUAAUUUUUAGUAUUUCAAAUUGUAUUUUCACUUGAAUAAUUUAUAAUGAUGAAUCUAGUUUUUAAUUAGCUGUUAUUGCAAGCAAUCAUGCUUCAGUGAUGUCAGCUGCAUUUGUUUGUAUUAAUGCUGAUGUUUCUAUCAAAAUAUGUCUGUGGAAAAACAGUCAAUUCUAUUUUAAAAAGUUCUAAUUAUGUCAAUACUUGAGAGAGAGCAUAUGAAGCUAUUGUAAGCUUCUCUAUUUCGAUAUGGAAGCAACAUAAAUAUAUUAAUAUUAGAAAUAACUGCUUUUUUAACUCUGUUGGUGUAUGAUAAAGAUGAUCUGAUUUGUGAAUGCAUAUGCGUGUGUGGUUACUUUUUAUACUGUGACAACAUGAAUGAUGAGUUUACUCAAAAUAAAACUAGGACGAUGCUGUACAUGCAUGUUCUUGAAAUAAA